AAAAGGCAAUAAUCCAAUCUUUCAAGCCCCUUGUUCACUCACCGAACUAAAACCCCAAUCAAUCAAGCUCAGUCACCACCGAAACAACCACCAUCACCAAUGGCUUCAUCAAGCAGCGGCUUAACCUUCAAACUCCACCCACUCGUUAUUGUCAACAUCUCCGACCACCACACUCGCGUCAAGUCCCAGUCUCAACCGCCCACACCCGGUGCCGGUGAUGCAACCUCUUCCAGUUCCUCCGCACCUAGGGUUUUCGGCUGCGUCAUCGGAGUCCAAAAAGCUCGCACUGUUGAGAUCUUCAACAGCUUCGAACUUCUCUACGAUCCGUCCACUCGUUCUCUCGAUCGCUCGUUUCUCGAGAAGAAACAGGAAUUAUAUAAGAAGGUGUUUCCGAACUUUUAUAUACUUGGAUGGUAUUCGACAGGCGCAGAUGCUGAAGAAUCUGAUAUGCAUAUACACAAAGCUUUGAUGGAUAUCAAUGAAAACCCUGUGUAUGUUCUUUUGAAUCCGUUGAUCAAUCAUGCACAAAAGGAUCUUCCAGUAACAAUCUAUGAAAGUGAGAUGCAUGUCAUUGAUGGGAUUCCACAGCUUAUUUUUGUACGCUCAAGCUACACUAUAGAGACAGUAGAGGCUGAAAGGAUAUCCGUUGACCAUGUUGCACACCUCAAACCAUCUGAUGGAGGUUCAGCUGCUACCCAAUUGGCUGCUCACUUGACUGGCAUACAUAGUGCCAUCAAGAUGCUCAAUAGCAGAAUCCGAGUGCUCCAUCACUAUCUUAAUGCUAUGCAAAAAGGUGAAAUUCCUUGUGACCAUUCUUUGCUAAGACAGGUCUCUAGUCUCUUGAGGAGAUUACCAGCUAUAGAGUCUGAGAAAUUUCAAGAUGACUUCUUGAUGGAGUACAAUGACACGUUACUAAUUAGCUAUCUGGCCAUGUUCACCGAUUGCACAAGCACAAUGAACGAUCUUGUUGAUAAAAUCAACAUUGCGUAUGACAGGCAUAGUCGGAAGGGAGGACGUACCGCCUUUAUUUGAAAUCAAAGACUUAAUGCAUGCUUUUGUUUCUUUUGGUACAGUAAUCUUAAUUUUGUCAUAGAAACUCCAUGUAUGCAAUCAAGGAUAGUGGAUUAUACUCUUUUCAGAGUGCACGCCAUUGUAGUUUAGGUAUCAUUUUUUUUACCAAUUUUGUGUGACCAAGUUUAAAAUCAA